AGCGUUAGCUUACACAGCUUUGUUAAAAAUGUCAUUGUCAAUGUCUACAAUCAAAAACUUUUGUACCUAUUCAUAUUUUUGUUCCCAGCCGCAGUGUAUAAGAAAUGUUGAUAGGUGUGAAUCGUGAUUAUAAAUUAGAAGUCCCUUUUUCCUGCUAUUCAUUGCACACGCCAUACAUCCUAUUUAAUAUUGAUUGGUUUUGCAAUAAGGAUACACUUUCUUAACCGUAGGUAUGGCCAGUGUACAAGACGUGCGGAAUUUAUUUCAAAUUAAGUUAAAAGAGGAUCAAAAUCAAGAAAUUCACCCUUUGGACUUAGAUAGAGUUAGAGAUGAUAAAUACCUUCAUCGUGUGUUAAAACAUAGUGCUAAUAAUGUUGAAAAGGCAGUGCAAACUUUGUUUACAAUAUUUUCAUGGAGAAAAAACGUUGGUGCGAACGAUAUCAAUGAGAAUACCAUAAAAAUGGAAUACGUUAAUGAAGGUAUAAUAUUCGCUCAUGGAAGGGACGUUGAUGGUUGUCUGCUUCUUAUUAUUAAAUCGAAAAAACAUGUCAGAGGUGCUAAAGACUUUGAAGAGAUCAAGAAGAUAAUAAUAUACUGGUUUGAUAGAAUUGAAAGAGAAGAAAAUGGUAAUAAAAUAUCUUUGUUCUUUGAUAUGGACUCAUGUGGUUUGAGUAAUAUGGAUAUGGAGCUGAUACAGUAUUUAAUAGCGUUAUUUUCGAAUUAUUAUCCCCAUUUUUUGAAUUAUAUAAUAAUAUAUCAGCUACCUUGGGUCCUAUCAGCAGCUUUUAAGAUUGUGAAGUCAUUACUGCCGGCAGAUGCUGUUAAGAUACUUAAGAAUGUUAAUAAGGAUUCAUUAAACAAUUUUGUUCCCCCUGAACAGGCUUUGAAAUGUUGGGGGGGACAUGAUGACUAUGUUUUUGAAUUUGUACCAGAAAACAAAAGUACAACUGAAUCUACACCAAAAAAGGUAACUUUUGCUGAGAAUGAAGUAAAUAAGACAGAGAACUCAUAUGAAAUGUUAAAAAUUACUCCAAGCAAUUUAAUUAUAUUCCAAAAUGAGAAUGAAGACAUAUCGGGGCAGUUUACAAUCACAAAUAUGGAUUCCGGAUCAAUAUCAUUCAAAAUUCGUACAACGGCUCCAGAAAAGUUCAGGGUGAGACCAAGUUCAGGAAUUUUAGAACCAAAUGCCUCUCAAACUGUUAUCAUUGCGGUACAAUCUGGCUUCCAAUUAAAAAAUGUUUCCAAGGACAUGUUCUUAGUCAUGUCUGUAAAGAUUCCAAAAACUGAGCUUACUCCUAAGGAAUUGAGUGACAUCUGGCAGAAUAGGUCGGGAAAUAAAUUUGAAGAAUACAGAUUGAAGUGCCAGUUCCCUGUAAAAGAGACAAAAAAUGGUAAUAUUGUUGAAAAGCAAGACAAAUAUGAUUCAGUGACAAAUGCUUUAAAUAAUUUGCAGAUUAACUAUGAAAUAUUGCAUCGGCAAGUUGAGAAGUUAAAGAUUUUUCAGUUUAUAUCUUUGGCACUAUCUAUAGUCGCUGUUGUCUUGGGAUAUUUGGUGUAUUCAACUUUGGAUGAUGGAGAUAGGUAUUGUGAAACAAUUUAAAUAUACAGUGGUUAAGAAUUAUUGAUUAUAAAGUCAAAACUUAUAAUGGGUUAUAAAACCAAUACUAAUUGCCAUUAAUCAAGUAGACAUACAUGUAAAGGUAGAAUUACUCAACUAACUCAUCAGCUGGAAGUCAUCACUCACCAUUAGGUGACUUCCUCUUUCAUAAAUCAGUGCUAGAAAUGAUAACCACAAUGGGCAUGAUAACAAAAAAUUCAAUGAUGAAAGAAUUAAAAUGAAUGAUCCAGUUUUUAUAGAAAUAAUGAGAUUCAAAAGAUAUAAAAAAAUAAAAAAAUGCGAAAUAUUGGGGUUGAGCAGGUUAUCAACUUUAAAGUAGAUCCUGUAGAUGAAAACAAAACCUGUGAGUUGAACAAACAUUACAAGAUUUGAUCAACAAUAUGUUACUCGAACAGUUGGCACACUUGGUAAGAGUGCUCCCACGGAAUGUGAGGGUUCAAGUCUUGCUUCAUUCAUAAAAUUUAGUUUUCAAAUUUUAUUUGUAUAUUUAUAUUAUUAAUUUUAAUCCCAGAACUGAGGGUUAUCAAUUUAAAACAUCAAACAAUCGUAAAAGAAUAAUUUUUCUAGGUGAGUAGGAUGUUUCUUCAAUAUAGUCUUUGUGAUUUCUUGAAAUUUGACAAUCUAACAUUGUUACACAUUAUUUCUAAAUUUAGCAAUUAAAUAUCCAUUCACAUU